GCGCGUAGUAUCCGCGAUGCCCACCAGAAUAAUGGGAACAUUCGCAAUCUAUCAAUCUGCCACCAUAAAAAGACAAACUGGCUGCUGGGUAGAGAGAUCUCCGUUUUCGUCUCUUUUCUCCCUCAAACGGACAGCCUCGUUGAUUAUUUGCACUCUAUAAAGAACCUCUUUGGCAGACAACAGUCAUGUAACCGUCCCAAUGUAUCCUCCACUGGACUAUUUCGAGCACCGUCGAGCCUGCGUGAUCAAGCAGCGCCAGCGCGAUGCUCGUUUCGAAUCCCUCCCAGACUCUUACAAAGGCCCCUUGACCUCCAAACAACGGUCCAUCCUCAACGCGCCCAUUGCCUCGCUUGUGGGCGACGUACACAAUGGCACACUCUCCCCGAUCGACAUCCUCCGCACCUAUGGCAAGACCGCAGCUAUCGCCCAAGAACGCACGAACUGCGUGACCGAACUCCUCCUCCCCGAAGCCGAGUCAUGGGCCAAAGGCGGUGACGUGAAUCUACAAGGUUCGCUCGCCGGCAUUCCCGUAUCGCUCAAGGACAGUAUCGCAGUCGCAGGCUUUGACGUGUCAGUAGGAUACUCACGGCACGUCUUCAAGCCAUACCAAGAAGAUGGGAUUAUGGUCAAGCUGCUCAAGCGAGCAGGCGCGAUCCCACACGUCAAGACAGCUCUGCCCAUAACUUUAUUGUCUUUCGAAUCGACAAACGACCUCUGGGGCGUGGCCAAAAACCCGCACAACCCAAAAUACUCGCCUGGCGGCAGCACAGGCGGUGAAGGCGCGCUACUCGCCCUGAAUGGGUCGCGCAUAGGAAUAGGCUCAGACGUCGCAGGCUCCGUACGAGCACCCGCCGCAUGGUCCGGCAUCAACUCCCUGCGCUGCAGUACGGGCCGCUGGCCCAAGAUGGGCAUGAACACAUCCAUGCCAGGCCAAGAGGGCAUCCCAUCUGUCUUCUCGCCCAUGGCCCGCACGCUCGACGACCUCACAUACUUCACCAAGUCAUUCAUCCAGAUGAAACCAUGGGAAGUGGACUACACAGUCCACCCUCUCCCCUGGCGGCAGGAAGUGUACGCCGCCGCCGCGAGCUCCAACAAGCUACGCGUAGGCCUCAUGACUACCGACGGCGUAGUACAGCCCUCCCCAGCAAUCGCUAGAGGUUUAUACACCACGGCCGACGCCUUGAGGUCCGCGGGCCACGAAGUCGUCGAGAUUCCCGUCUCCAAGUUCCCACCCACCGCAACACCCCUGCAGGGCCUACAAAUCGCUUCAGUCCUGCUCUGUGCCGACGGCGGCAAAACAUACAAAUCCUUCUUCAGGACCGGCGAAUGGAAUGACCGCGGCGCCGCCCAAAUCGCCUUCUACAUGUCCCUCCCAAAACCCAUAAAAUACCUCUGGUACCUGUGGACGCAGUAUGUUAAACGCGACACAGUCUGGGCAAGCUUACUGCGGUACUUCCACCCGCUCAGCGCCGCUGAGAACUGGACAUGGGUCGCCAAACGCGAGUCCUUCCGGUCAACCUGGUUCGACUGGUGGGAAAAGCCAGCCCAGAACUUCGACUUCAUAUUGUGUCCUGGCAAUGCGACACCCGCAUUGCCUCAUGGCGCGAUGCACGACGCCGUCUCCAGCUGCGGAUAUACAUUCCUGUGGAACCUACUUGAUUAUACUGCGGGUAUUGUCCCCGUGACUAAAGUCGACGCGCACAAGGAUCGGCUGAACAACACGUUCCGCGCGGCGAAUGGCGUCGAGCGCGGCGCGUAUAAACACUACGACAGCGUUAAGAUGGCGGGCCUGCCUUGCGCGGUGCAGGUUGUGGGCCGUCGGCUGACCGAGGAGAAAGUCCUGGGGUACAUGAAGGUCGUGGAGGACACUCUAAGAGAUGCAGGUACGGUCUACGAGCACCUUGAUGUCGAAGCGUUGCCGGAACUACACGAUAUUGAGAAGCAGGAGAGCAAAGUCCCUGUUGAGCCUGAGAAGAUUUGGUAGUGGGAGAGUAUUUCGUGCGGAUGGCAUGGCAGACAUGACCUUAUCACCAGGGGGUUAUUCUGCACGAACACGAACACGACUGGCUUGACGGGGACUGAGCACUGGUGUUGAUGAUUGCAAGAGCAUCUGGAAGGUGACUUGGUUGAAUAUACCUGCUCCCGGCCGAGGACCGACACCUACUAGUAGAGCGUAUACAUACACCUGUUCUCAAAG